GAUUAGCUGAGAAAUCUAAUGUAUUUGCUGGAUUCGUGACAGGUGUUAGUAUUAUAGGUCAGCUAACUUUCUAGUUCUGGAGGGUAAGGUCAUACCCGUAGUGGCUGGCCGGUACUUAGGACGGCGAAAAUGUUAGCUUCUACAUCUAGUUUUACUAUCCAGCUAUCCAGCAAAUCUGUGUUUUACGUGGGGGAAAAGUGCGGAGGGGAGCAGGAGGGAGAGGCCAACGAGUUCGCAUGCACUCGCCUGUCGGUCGGGCCGACGUCCUCUCCCAUUGCAUAAGCGUGUCUGGAAAAGAUAACACGAUAAUAUCAUCGACCUUGUCAUUAAAAGAAGAACGUCGGAGUUCCGGCGCCGCUCGCCCUCACUUUCUAUAACCCGGGCCUCACGAGUCCACCCGGCACAAAACUUAACCGUCAAAAACUCAUCAAUGACCCUCAUUUGAAGUGAAGAAUGAGCUGAAUCUAGCUAACUAGCCGCCGUAGAUUUUGACGAUGAGCGUCAAAAUGAGUUCAUUUUGACAUUUGUUGCUAUCAAACUUUACAUCAAAUGUGUUGUAAAUUUACAACAAUUUUUCUUAACAGUGUGGAGGUCGCACGCGCUCUUCCAUCCCACGCGAGACACUAUCGGGACCGGCAGUUAACGAGGCGGCUGUCUAGACCGCAACUAGACCAACACCGGAAACACUGUUGCAAAACUUUUUGUGUCGCGUAUCACCGCGGUAUAUGAUCCCGCCACUGAUGUACUGUUUUCUGAUCUCUUUUGUUUACGUUCGCACGCGAGCAGGUCACCGCUUGGCCGAGGCACAUUGUCCCAUCCAGUUCCCUUUAGUACUUCUGAAACAGUGUUCAGCACUUCCCAAGGACCAUGGCAUUCACACUCCUCGUGGCUGUAGCUCUCAUGUUCCCGGCCGUCAUCCACGGCAAAGUUAUCAACUCUGUGAUAGGCCCUUACAUUGCUUACGGGGAGCGCUUCUACAUGUGUGAACCCGACAACCGGCCGCUUCCCUGGAGAUGGUUUUUGCGUGCGACUCACUUUAACCCUCUGAAACCAAAGGAGUUGCAGCGAGUGACCGGCAAUGUGACGGCUACAAGUGGAACUCUUGACGACAGCGGCUGGGUGAAAGUAAUUGUGGAUACUCGGUCAAACAACCAGUGGAAGGAAAACGCCUAUGUCUUCAAAUUUAACAACCGUGCAUGCCAAACUGUUAAAGUAAAUGCUCCUGGAAUUUACGAGCAGCUUUUGAAGAAGAGAGAAGUUAAAGGCGCGUGCAUGUUUAAAGCUGGAGUUUACGAGAUUAAUGAUGCCCCAGUGGACUGGAGUUUUCCGAAUGUUCCAAUCUUACCGUAUGCACAGUACAGAUUUAGACUCAUGAUUGGCAAUGCCGAAACCCUCAACGCAUGCUGGGUAGCAGAGGCGAGGGUUAUUCCGAAGCCACAGUAGCACUUUCAUAUUUGAUUCACUGUUAUUCAACGAAUGUGACGUCACAUUCGUUUCAAUGUGAAUCGUGUCACGUUCGUUUAAAUGUUGUGUCAUAUUCGUUUAAACGUGAAUUGGCUAAGUCUGACGCUAUUUGAGCAACAAUUCACAUAAUGUCACAUUCAAAUGAAUAUGACACAAUAUUCAAACGAAUGUGACACGUUUCACAUUGAAACGAAUGUGACGUCACAUUCCUUGAAUAACAGUAUGUGAAAUAUAAAAAACAAUGUAUCGUUUGCUUUAUUAUUGGAACUACCCUUACUAUAACGCAAGUGCCCUCACCGUGAUUUUUUUUUUGUCUCUGCACACAAUCGCACGGAGAAGAAUGUUUAGUUGUCACAACGCAUUUUGUUGUUGAUUUGGAGCGAGCGUGAAUAUCGUCACUGCGACGACAGCAAAUCGCCUAUCGUUGUCAAAACCAUUUGCUUAUUAGUCCUUACAACUAUAAAAUCUGUAGUUUCCGUAACACACGUUUUUGGCUUUACCAAGCACGGAGUUGUAAUUAAAACCUUCUUUAAAUUAAUUAAACGAGAGAAAGAAAUGGUUGAGAGAAAACAACUAGUACAUCUACUGAUGGAUCGAUACGGAUGAAAGGUAUCUGCUAAAAUAGGAAGAAUCCUAUUCAACAAGCUAACGAUCCCGGCACAGCUGACAGUUGAUAGCAGCGCUUACACUUCCCAUCCGAAUUAAAUAAAAAUAAUAUUUUAAAUGUAUCACCUAAUAGGAAUUAGAAAAAUUAUUGAUUUGUACCUACUUAGAAUCAAUAUAAGUCUGCCAUUCAAAAAAUAAUAAUUAAACGUAGUUUUUUGGAAAAAAAUUGAAUUCCUUUGUCUUUCUGUAGCAGCAAGUGUAACCACGCUGGCCAUGGUGACGAGCUCGCCGGGGGGGUGGUUCGCGACACGACCACCAGGCAGGCUGGUUUAUAUUCGCUCGCGUCGUGUCGUACGCGACGAGGAUCGUGAUGAUAUAGACAUGUGUGCGAAGCGACGGAAAUAUAUAAUAACGACUUUCUGGCGUGGCUCAGCGGCCCCGGGGACAGGGAUAGGGCCUCCGUGAGGUGGGCGGCGCGUACACCUGCCGCAACAUCUCGCACCCACCGGGCGGGCACCCACGCACAGUGCCGCGGGCUGUUUAGGUCCUUCCCUCCUACCCGUCCGUCCGUCCAUCGGUCCGUCCGUCCGUCCGUCCGUCCGUCCGUCCGUCCGUCCGUCUGUCUGUCUGUCUGUCUGUCUGUCUGUCUGUCUGUCUGUCUGUCUGUCUGUCCGUCCGUCUGUCUGUCUGUCUGUCUGUCUGUCUGU